AUGUCUGCAAGCACAACACUAGUGUCAUGGCUUUUGGUGGCUGGCUUACUUGCUGCAUCAUUUUACUUCUACAGUAACCACAAAUAUCUAACAUAUGUGAAUACGGCGGAUAGUUUCGAUCAAUUUUACCUAUCAAUCCCCGCACAAGUUGUGAGUUCAAUAAUGGAAAAUGAAUGUAAAUGGCCAGUUUUGCCAACGAUCGAUGUAACCCACAAUGCUCAUUUCAGAAACAUUCGAUGUAAUGCUGUGAUGAAUCCUUUUGCGUUUCUGGAUGAAUUUGGAUUUCUUGAGGUCAGCACUCCUAUAAUCGGUGGAGAUCUGUCUGUGGAAACUGGCAUAACAUGUUCAUACCAAGCUCUGCAGAACAACAGCACUGGUGACAUUAUCCCUGCAUCAUCAACUGAGAUUGAAUUCAAUCGUCCCACUGCGAUUCAUCACGAUCAGUUUGUGGUGCAGUGUCGACAAAACUCAGAACCUAAAAAAUUGGUCUACAAAAAGGCAUUUGUCAAUGUACCGAUAGCUGCGGGCCCAGUGGCAGAAACAAAAUUUACUGAGAGCAGUUGGGAAUAUCCGUCAUUAGCUCUGCUCGUUUUUGACUCGGUCUCUUCGAACCAUUUCAAGCGAAGCUUGCCACGAACGGCUAAGUUCCUUGUGGAGAACGACUUCAUCACGAUGAACAUGUACAACGAGUUGACGGAUAACUCCAACGACAAUAUCCUGACCAUCUUGAGAGGAGGCGAAGAAUCUUCGGAAAAUCAGACUUUCUUAUGGGAAGCUAUGAAAGAACGCCAGUGUAUGACAUAUCUGAGUGAAGAGGUUGGAAAUUUCACCUCGAUACUGAGCAAUAUUAGUCUCGAUGUUGAACACGACUUACGGCCAUUUUAUGAGAUCUCACGAGAGACAACAGAGGGGCACUGUACAAAGGAUGGUCGUGUUGCCUCAUACGAGUAUUUGGAAAAUUGGAAGAAAGCGCUGCUGAAUUCAAAGAAGUACUGCCAUUUCUCAGUGCACUAUAUGAGGACCUUAACGAGAGAUGAUCCAGAUCAUCUAUCGCUGUUGGAUGGAGAACUCCGAAGCUCAUUGGAAGCGUUGAAAGCGAACGGAUUGUUUGAAGACACUGUCUUUGUGCUUGUAAGCGGCACCGGUAACUCACUGGGUUCAAGAGUGAACGAUCGCUUGUUCACGGCUCGAGUGGAAGAACGAUCACCGUUUUUCUCGAUUAAACUGCCAGAGAAAUUCUUGAAAAAACACUACACAAUGCGGUCCAACAUAGCUACAAACGCAAACAGACUAACAAAUACUAUAGAUGUUGGCCUAACGCUUAUGGAUAUAGCAACUAUAAAUUCGAUAUACCCAUCCGAGUAUACCUUUAAACGCGACAAAGGAAUCUCUCUGCUACGGAAUUACCACAGAUACCAUUGGUCUUGCGAUGAUGCUGGGAUUCCUCCACGUUUAUGUCUUUGCAUGGAUGAGAAGGUCCUUCAAUCAAAAGAGUACCCGAGUAGUUCCAAGGAAUUCAAUCAACUUUUCGAGUAUGUGAAGACCGAAGCGCUCAAGAAUGAUUGUUUGCAAGAAGUGGUCGUGCUCCCAAAUCAACCACAAUUAACUGUAUUGUCGUUGAAUCCAAUGGUUCAGCACGGCGUUCGGAAAGAGGCUGACUGGAGGGAAUUGAGGAAGCUUCAUCAUGACAUGGGAAUGAAUUACGUGGAGAUUACGGUUGAAAUUCAUGCGGUGCACAGGAGUACUGACUUAAAAAUGAUAAAACUCAACGCCCUGAUGCGUUUCCGACAUACCCAGAUGACAGGUUUCGAACCAGUUGGAACUCCCGUGAUAACAUGGGCGAACAUUCAAUGUUAUGCGAAACGAAUCGAACAAUUCUGUGAAAUGUGCUAUUACAAUCGACUCAUGACAGAGUAG